AUGAAACAGCUAGCAGAGGCAUUAAUGCACUGUAAAUCAUUCAAAAAGCGACAAGAACGUCUGAGUGAAUCUCUAGAUCAUCUGUCAUUCAACUAUCCUGAUCUAUACACGAUGAUACAUAGAGAGAUGAAAAAAAGAGAACUGGAUUCCAAUAAUCCAAGUAAAAUUACUAAAUGGUUAAAUAAUCAAUCGUCCAAAUCAUUUGUAAAACUUCAUGAAGCAUUAAUGUUGGUAAAAAAUAACAACAUAAUGGCCAAAGAGGGGUAUAUGUACAAUUUAAGGCAUAUGCUAAACCAAACAAUUGCAAAUGGUACCAACAUUGAGAUAGUAGUGAAAAUAUGCAAUUUGAUUGAGAAAUCACCAAACUUGACCAUCAUUCACGAGAAUUUGAAACACCUAAUUAACCAAGUAAAUCAACUGAACAACAGUCGUGAGCGCCACAUGCCGACUGAAACGUUGACAGGAAACUUUUGGCCAAAUUAUUUUAGACCACCACACGUAGAUCCUUUUCAACCAUUUAAUAUUCGGCCAGCUCAACAGCCGAGUACCUCUGUUUGGCCAAACAUUCUGCAACCGACAAAUUUAAAUUCUGCUCCUGGUCUACCACAUUUUAGAAUGGAAUGUUUUGGCUACAACCAUCUGGAAAUGAUUGCAAAGACAAGAUGGCCAGUACCUUAG